AUGAUACUGAGAAGUGAAUUGGCAUACUACCUCACAACAAACGAGUACGUGAAGGCCCAGGAGGUUAAUCCUCUGAAAGUCGAAGGUAAUCAAGUGAAUGUCAUCCAUACAAUACAUCGAAGAUCGGAGAAUGAUCAAGAGUCAGAGGAUGUACAUAGAUCCCAAUUGAAAACAGCCCAUAAGUUAAGGAGGUUAUCCUCAGUGAACGCUAUCGCUCCGGGAAGCGUCAACAUUGGGUUCGGCGAUGGAGAUCUAUCCAGAGUUCAACUCCCCCACGAGGAUCUGUUGGUCAUCAGUCUCUUAGUGGCGAAUUACAUGAUUAAGAGGGUUUUGAUAGACCCGGGUAGUAGUGUCAACAUCAUCACAAAGGCGGUCUUUGAGCAGCUGGAGAUUCCGUCAUCAUCAAUUCGGCCCACCUCCAGCCCCUUGAUGGGAUUUGAUGGCACAAAAGUGGACCCCCUUGGGGUAAUUGACCUAUCCGUAACCGCGGCAAAGAGGACACUGAAGGAGAAUUUUGUUUUAACGGAGAUCCACCCUUCAUACAAUCUUAUUAUGGGAAGAGGUUGGAUCCACCGAAUAAACGAGGUUCCAUCUACCCUUCAUCAAGUGAUGCGAUGCUUGUCUCCGGACGGUAAAGAGGUCGUUGAUCUUAGGGGAGAUCAGGUCGCUGCCACAGAAUACUACAUGUUGACACAAAAUGAAGUAAAGAAGGUAACAAAAUAG